AGGACAUGUUCAGCAAUUUGAUUUGGAUGUUUGUCCUGCUCUGCAGCUCUGUAGCAGAUGAAAACUCCAUCAGAGAUGCUGACAUUUUUCCUUCAUCUCCUGAAAUUGAAAGAGGAUCCUCCCUGAAACUAUCCUGUGUUCUUAGAAAGAACUACAUUCCACAGAGAAAUGCAAGCCACAUCAUUUGGAAAUUGAAUGAUGAAUUGAUUGCUCCAGAAAACUAUAACAUUGUGAAUAAGACUGUAUCUAAUAUAACCAUCCAUAAUUUCACUUACAGCACAGCUUAUGUGGAAUGUUUAAUGAAGUACUCAAACAAGGAAAUACCUUUGGUUCGCACAGAAGUUAAAUCUGGCUUUCGUCCAGACAUGCCAGAAAAUAUUUCCUGCAUUUAUUUCUAUGAUGUUAACCUUACCUGUACCUGGAAUGCAGGAAGAGAAACAAGUCUUACAACGAACUAUACUCUUUACCGAAAACUGAUGUCUUCUCCAGAUUUGGUUAGAUCCUGCCUGACUAGAACAGAGUCGUGUUCAUUUUUUUAUCCUGACAAUGAUUACAGUAAUGAUUUUUGUUUUCAAGUGGAAGCUAAAAAUGUUUUGGGUGCAUCCUUAACAGAGUGUGUCCCUAUACCUUUGCAAAAAAUAGAGAAAUUUGCCCCUCCUGAAAUAAUUUCAGUUAAAAAAAUCCCUGGUAUAAAGCAGUCACUUACAGUAACCUGGAAAAUGCCUGAGAAGAUUAUCCCUUUAAAACAGAUUAUUUGCCAGGUUCAAUACAGAAACUUGUAUUCAAACUUUACCGAAUAUGUCAAUGUCUCACUGAAUUCUAAGAAGAAUAUAGGAUCAUGUAAUCUCACAGGUCUGUGGGACUCCACAGACUAUUCUGUUGCCAUUCGGUGUGUCAAUAAUGAGUCAGCAUUUUGGAGUGGAUGGAGUGGAGAGAAAAGCGAAAGCACAGAAGAAAAUGCUCCUUCAGGAAAAGUGGAUUUGUGGAGAGUAAUUGAGUCUUCACGCUCAUCUAGAAAUAGAUCUGUACAUCUUAUGUGGAAGCCAUUAAAAAGCUUUCCGCCUUCUGGGAGGAUUCUAGGCUACAAAAUACAGUAUUUUCCAGAAAACAAGGCUGCACAUAAAAGGACAAACAAUUCUACUGAACAGAAAAUGACCUUACUUUUAAAUGAAGAGGCACAUAUAAUAUCUGUCACUGCUUAUAACUCUGCUGGAGAGUCUCCUGAAGCUAUUUUGAGGAUUCCAUCCUCUGAUGAAAAAUCCUCUCAGAUGAUUGAAAAAGUGGAGACCUCUACAACAAAUGAAGAAGUGGUGGUGCAGUGGAUAACCUCUGAACCAGAAACAACCAAAUAUGUGGUUGAGUGGUAUGAGGAAUUGGAGAUGGACCCUUUUGGUAGAUCAUGGCAAUAUGUAUCAAAUUCUACAAAGUGGAAAAAUAACAAAAAAAACUUUAAACCAUAUAUAUGCUAUAACAUCUUGGUGUAUCCUCUUUAUGGAAGUAAUGUAGCAGCUCCAUCUUACACACAAAUCUAUGCUGAAGAAAAAAAGCCAUCAGAAGGACCUGUGGCUGAUACAGGCAUUCUGGGGAAAAAUGAAGUUACAGUAAAGUGGAAUGAGAUUUCAAAGGCUAAAAGAAAUGGAUUUAUCACUAACUAUACAAUAUUUUAUAAACCUGAAGAUGGAAAAGAAUUGAAUGAAACAGUGAACUCUGAUGUUCUACAAUACAGACUGAAGUCCUUACAGGCUAAUACACAAUAUACUGUUCAGAUCAUGGCAAGCAACAAAGCUGGGGGAACCAUUGGAGAGCCAAAAACCUUCAAGACUUUAAAACUGGAUAAAGAAGAUAUCUUUUUUAUUGCUUUACCUGUUGAGAUAAGCAUUUUGUGUCUGAUAGGCCUUUGGAUAACGUGCGUUUUGAAAAAACACGUGUUUAAAAAGGUUUGCUGGCCUGAUAUACCAAAUCCUGAAGAAAGUCUUGCAGUGGAAUGGCCUCUUCCUUCAUCUGUGAAUAAUUCAUUUUUGAAGAGAAUGUCAUCUCAGACCAAAACUGUAGACUUUGAAGAAAUAAAUGUUUUGGAAUACUGUUUUCCUGAAGAAAGUCAGGAAGGAUCCCUACUAAUAAAUUAUGAAAACCAUGUUUCUGAAUGUACUGGUAUUAAUACAAAAGGCAUAAUUAACAGACAUGAAAAGAUACUGCAUAAUGAAGAGAAUGAAGCUGCUAAAAGUUUUUCCCCAUCCAUGCCUUAUAUAAUUACUGAUCAAUUUACCAGAAGUCAAAUGCAUUCAGCUUUGAUACCAGGGAAGGAAGUCCAGCCCACAGAAGUGGCAAGUGAUUUGUGUGGAUCCCAGCAGAAUCCAAUUAAAAAUGAAGAAAAUGACGAUGAGGAAGUUUUAAGGCUGGAAGAUUUCAGUGCAAAAACACUGUUCAAUCCGUAUCUUAAAAAUUCAGUUAAAACCAGGGAAUUUCUUGUUUCUGAGAGCUUGCCAGAGCCCAGUAUUCAGUCAGGUGCCUUACCUCCUUUUCAACCAAAUGUUCUGGCACAGUCCUACAUAACAGUGGACGUGUUCAGGCUGGCCAAAGGUCAGUAGUGUGAGAGAGCUCCGUUGUAAAAUCCUCCUGUGAGCUAUCCCUGGGCACUGCUGCUCACAGGCAGGCACAUGUUCUGAGGUGGCUGAGCUCGGGUAAUUUGGAUGGGAGCACCCUCUUCCUUCAAAUAGUUGUGAAUUAAUUUGUUAUGCUGUGCGUGUGCGCGUCAGAGUUCACUUUCAGUGUGGAUGUUUGAGGUAUUUGUUGGUUUGUUUUGGUUUGUUUGUUUUACCAGAUAUGCCAGUAGUGAGACAAAAGAAAUAGCUUUUGUUAUUUCUUCUUAGUUCUCCUGUUUCAACCUGCUAAAACAAACUGAUAUUUGCUUCAGGAGCAUCCAGCAGUACAAGCAGCUCAUCUCUUGCUCCCCACACAACCAGUUCCCAAGGCUCAGUUCUGAUGGGGAAACAUGGACAGACUUGAACAGAGUCAGAA